CCAAAGCUUCGUGCGACCGAACCACCGGCCGCGGCCAUCUGAAGAAAAGGAAAAGCCAGCGGCCGCACGACGAGGCCGCCGCACUGCGAUUGGGCCUACCUGCUGGCGGAGCGGGCGAAGCCGCCACUCUAAUUGGCCGCCGCGCCAGCUGAGGGGAGAUGGGAGGAAGAGAUGGAGCAGCAGCCGCCCACUCGACCGGAGAUGAGAAGAGCAGCGCCACCGCUCGAUCUGGGGGAAAAUGCGGCGCCACCACCUAGCCCUGCAUGGAGAUGAGCCCAGGUCGGCGGGGAUGACGGUCACCAUCACACCUCGUUCGCUGCGACGGUCGCUGUCGAGAACGGAUUGGGUCUUCCGUGGUAGUGGUGGCGGCGGCGCCGCGGCGGCGGCAUCCAUCGGUGUUGGCGGCGGAGCAAACUGCAGCGAGCAGCGGCCAUCUGCAUCGUCGACUUCGCCGCCGGAAACGUGCGUCACCGAAGAGCUUUGAUUAAUCAGGAUUGGAACAUACGGGGUGGGGUUGUUCUUUGCAGACAAGGGUCAAGGCUGAAGAUUUUUCCAAUGAUGAAAGGUUCAGGGACUGUGCAACUGAAUUAGAAUUAUACUGUCAAUCAUCUCUGAUUCUUGCAUCCAUGUGUGUGCAAGUUUUCCAUGUAGACACACAUAUAUGCAUGUGUUGUAUAAAAUCCUUCUCAGUGAUGUGUUCUCAUUUGUGAAAAUGAAUCUCCUUCUGGAGCUGUGAAACAUGGCGUGUACUGUUGUCAAGGAUCAUUGAGUGGAAAAAUAUUUUUGUGCCAGUUGAAUGAAAAAUAAGAGCCAAUGGCAUCAAUCUCCUUGUGUUUAUUAACUAAUAUAUGGUUGUAGCAUAUUCCUUAGCAGUGAAUUUCGACACCUGUUCAGUCUUCUGAACUAUGAAGUUCAGCUUACUUUUCAUUUUUUUAUCAAAGGAAAGCAUAUUUUUUAACAUCUUUUCCUUUCAAGGAAAAGAGUCUCAUUUGCAAUGGCUUCACUAGAGAGAAAGAGGGACAACUUUUCUAGGAGCUAUUUGCCUCGCCACACAGCUCAUUGAUGCUCAUUUGGACAGCUUGAUUGCCAAGUAAGCCUGACUGAGUUUGAAUUGUUCACUAUGCAUUACUCCGUAGAUGAUAUCCUCUGACAUGUUUACUCUUAGCUGUAGAGAUCAUAUACUGAGCUGGUACAUUAGGAAAUUUCUGCCUUGUUAAAAGUAGUGGCCCUAGCCGCCCUACUCCGUAGAUGAUAUCCUCUGACAUGUUUACUCUUAGCUGUAGAGAUCAUAUACUGAGCUGGUACAUUAGGAAAUUUCUGCCUUGUUAAAAGUAGUGGCCCUAGCCGCCCUACCCUCUUUGGUGUAUAGUAUAACACUAUGCACACCAGAUGUUCUCUUUUUAUACCAAUCCCCUUCACUUGCACUUAGCCCCAAACACACCAAAGGGAUUCAUAUCCAAAAGCCAUGUUCAAUCCUUCUUCCUCGUCGGUGCCCACCUACAAUGACCUCUCCAUGCACCAUGCAGUGAGCUUCUCUACUGCCUCCUUGCCCACGGCUCCAACCGAAAUUCCUCGCCGCAGCAGUGGUUUCUUCCAUGACAACGGUGCUGUGAUAUCUCCUUCCAACGUUGCUGCUUCAGCGCCACCUCCCUACCCCUCUUCCCUCCCUUCCUAUUAUGUCCACAACACACAAUCCUUCCCCUUUCACCUCCAAUAUCCUGACGCCCUCAACCGUAAUGCCACCUUCUCUUGCCAGUCUCCUUCAGCAUGCCAGGUGCAUCCACCUCCUGCUUCUUACUCCCCUUCAUCAUCCUCUGGCGGCUUCUUGGAGUUCUGCCCAGGAACCAUGCGGCGUGUCUUCAGUGCAGGUGACCUGCAGGGGAAGAAUGUUUCACCUCCGACGCCGCCACCACCCCAAUUUUCAGGCGACAACUGCAGCCAGGAAGUAGUUGAACCUUUUCUUGAGAAGGUGGGGCGUUACAGCACCGAAGAACGGAAGGAGAGGAUUGAGAGGUACCGCACCAAGCGCCAGCAGAGGAACUUCCAGAAGAAGAUCACCUACGCAUGCAGGAAGACGCUGGCAGAUAGCAGGCCAAGGGUCCAGGGCCGCUUCGCGAGGAACGUCGAGACUGAUGGCGAGGUGGUCGCAGACUUCGAGAGGGACGUGGGGUCUGACAUCAGCUACGAGUACUGCUCGUACAACGACCUUAGCAGCAACAGCUAUGACAGCCAGAACCAGCACAGGGAAACCGGCAGCAGCAUGACGUUCAACGACAACAAGUGGUGGUGGGGAAUGCCGGUGGCAGCCAAUGAGCAUCAGCAGCAGCAACAACCACAACAGCUUGGUUUCAACUUGGAUGACGAAGAUCAGCUGUGGGCCAGCCUCGCGGACAUGUGCUCCGGCACCUGACCCAGUGUCUGGGUUGAUGCUGUCUGGUGCAAGGAGCACCGAGCGGCGGCUGCCGAGGCCGUGCAGCGGUCAGAGCGGCGUCGCUGACCUUCUUAUGCCCUUAGUGCAGCUUAGAUUUUAGUAGAAGAAAAGGAGGCGAGGAGGAAGAGAACCUCUCACUUCUCAGCUUGUUCUCGGUGUGUUCCGAGUUAGUAGUAGUACUCCUUUACAAUCGUCUUCCAUAAAGCUUGACCUUGCUGUUGCUUUCUACAUCCCUGGAAAAUAGAAACAAAUCAACAUUAGUGCUGU